CAGCUCUAAUCGUAACUCCUCCGUCAACAUCCUCUUCAGAAUAUUCAAAGUCGUCAUGUAAGGCCCGUUAUCCUUUGACUGGCAUGACCCCUGUUUCCCUUAUAAAUUAACCCUCUUUCCUUCAUCAAAGUGCGCAAAAGGAUACCCCCAGAGAAGAAAAAAAAAAAACAACUGUCUUUCCUCUCCAACGCUCGAAACACUCUCUGAGAAUCAGGAAAAGAAAUGGGAGGUGAAAUAUGUGGAGGAAUGGGAAGUGGGUUCUGUGUGGGGCUAAGGAAUUCAUGGAGAAACAUGGAGAGAGGCCUCAACGAAGCCGUCUCGAAGAGCCGGGUCGGCAAGUACUUCAAGCUCGAAGCGCGGAAGAGCUGCUUUACGAGAGAACUCCGUGCGGGUACGGCCACUUUCCUCACCAUGGCUUACAUAAUUUCGGUGAAUGCCACCAUCCUUUCCGAUUCAGGUGGACCGUGCUCCGCCGCAGACUGCACAGUCCCCGGGGCCCCCGGCUGCACGCUGAAGCCCGACCCCGGAUAUGAGAGCUGCCUCAGCAGGACCAAGAAGGACCUGGUCGUGGCCACCAUUUUGUCGUCCAUGAUCGGUUCACUAGCCAUGGGUUUAUUGGCCAACCUUCCCCUGGCGCUUGCCCCAGGUAUGGGCCCGAACGCCUACUUGGCCUACAACGUAGUGGGCUAUCAUGGAUCCGGGCCCCUCUCGUAUCAGACGGCCCUCGCCGUGGUGCUCAUCGAGGGCUGCGCCUUCCUCGCCAUUGCAGCUCUUGGGCUCCGGGCCAAGCUCGCGAGGCUCAUACCCCAUCCGGUCCGACUGGCUUGCGCGGCGGGCAUCGGCCUUUUCAUCGCGUUCGUGGGCUUGCAAGGGCACCAGGGAGUGGGCCUCGUCGGGCCCGACCCGGCCACAUUGGUGACCGUCACGGCCUGUGCAACUACAAAUCCGGAGACUGGCGAGUGCGUUGGAGGGAAGAUGGGAAGCCCAACAUUUUGGCUGGGCUCAGUUGGGUUUCUGGUAAUUUCCUAUGGGCUGAUUAAAAAUGUCAAAGGCAGCAUGAUAUAUGGCAUUGUUCUUGUGACAGUCAUUUCUUGGUUUAGAGGCACUGCUGUUACAUAUUUCCCAUACACCCCACUGGGUGAUGAAAGAUUCAAGUAUUUCAAGAAAAUUGCCGGCUUUCAUAAAAUUAAGUCCACGGCAGGAGCUGUUAGCUUCGCGAAUUUCAACCAUGCCAAAGCCUGGGUGGCUCUAGUAACGCUACUGUACGUCGACGUCCUCGGUAUCACUGCGACUUUGUACACGAUGGCCGAGCUCGGGGGCUUCGUUGAUGAUCGAGGCAGCUUCGAGGGAGAGUACUCCGCGUACAUGGUCGAUGCUGGCUCCACCAUAGUGGGGUCGGUCUUAGGGGUCUCACCGAUUGCCACGUUCGUGGAAUCGUCGGCAGGGAUAAGGGAGGGGGGUCGGACCGGGCUGACGGCAGUGAUUGUUGGGCUCUAUUUCUUGGUAUCACUGUUCUUCACACCCUUACUGAGCAGUGUCCCUCCAUGGGCCAUAGGCCCAUCACUGGUCAUGGUUGGGGUGUUGAUGAUGAAGGUGGUGAGGGACAUAAAUUGGGAGAAUCUGAAGGAGGGAGUGCCCGCAUUUGUGACCAUCCUUCUCAUGCCCUUGACUUAUUCAAUAGCCGAUGGGAUCAUCGGCGGGAUUGGGAUCUAUGUUGCUCUAAGCUUGUAUGACAUUGCGAAGGGGCUUGUUGUGUGGUUGAUGAAGAUGAGGAAGAUGGUCGUCAAGGAGCAAAAUCAAGUGUCGGCAUCGGCUGGCACGGAACCCGAAGCUGCCUGCGAAAUGAUCUGAAUCUGUAGAGAUGUUUCUGCGGGGGGACUGUUCAAUGGUUGUGGUAGAAGAAGUGAAGAUGGGGAUUAGAUGCACAAGUUGCCAUGAGAGAGAGUAGAGCAAAAAAGGAGCAAAGGAGGCUUGGCCACUGACAAUAUCAUCGCCUUCCAAGGCAACUCUUGCAUGUAGUCAAUCUAGUUUUUAGUUCUCUAAUUAUUGUCUCUAGCAAUUUGUAUUUUCAGUUUCGUUGCUUGAUUA